UCGUGAUGUUUCAUAUGCUGCCGGCUCUUUUUCUCACUCUCUUAUUGAUCUUUUAUUAGAAUAUAUCCGGACUUAUUUACAGGCAACAUAUGUUUCGCCAAUAUAAAUAUUCACUGUUUACAUUUUUUUUUACAUUUUCACUCAGAACAGUAAGGAGGUACUUGGUGAUGAUGCAAUGUUUAUAUGGAACAAAAUUUGGACUGUCUUCGUGCCAAAAAAUAUUUUUAAAAACCUUUUGAUAACAAAAUAAUCCAUCAAACAAUACUACUUUAUCGCAGGAUUAAUAACAAAACCUAGAUUGAAAGAUAAAGAGUGUUAAUUCGGCUAUAAAGGCAUUUCGUUUGGCAGAUAUAUAUAUAUAUAUAUAUGUGUGUGUAUGUUUACGAGCUUAACUUUGGUUGUACAAGAUUGAUAAUAUUUACAGAGAUUUGUUUUUGAUGAUUUAAAAUUUUAAAAAGUAGACAGGGACAUUUUAAAAGUUUUAAAUUUUUAUUAUUCUAAAACUGUUCUAUGACAAGUUUGAAGGCUAUGUCAGGGAAACUGAGAGAUAUGUCAGACUUUGAUGGCGUAAAAACACACGACAUAACAGAUAGAGGUACAGAGAAGUACGGGGAUGGAGACCACAAAGAUGACAAGAAAAAGUAUGGUGUGGCAUGGUACAAGGAUGAAUCGCAGAACAAGGGACAGUACCCAAUGGAAGAUGAGAACCCAAAUGAGAGUCUGGUCCAAGAUGUAUCAAGUACAGCUGUGUUGACACCACUUGAUGAUGACCUUGUUGGUAAUGUUACAGACGUACCGGACCGUGGCAACUGGGGCGGUAGAUUCGACUUCCUUAUGUCAUUGCUCGGGUACUCUGUGGGGCUGGGUAAUGUGUGGCGCUUCCCGUACCUCGCCUAUAGUAAUGGAGGAGGUGCAUUUGUGUUUCCGUUUGUACUGAUGUUGUUUCUGCUGGGUCUUCCACUGAUGUUUCUGGAGCUGUCGUUUGGCCAGUUUGCAGGACUCGGACCUGCUGUGGUGUUUGGCAGAUUCUGUCCCCUCUUCCAUGGUCUUGGUUAUGGCAUGAUCUUCAUAUCUGCGAUUGUCUCCCUUUAUUACACAGUGAUCAUAGCCUGGUGUAUAUUAUACCUGUUUAUGUCUAUUAGAAGUGAACUUCUCUGGGAAAGAUGCCAUGAACCCUGGGCUUCAGAAAACUGUUACAGUUAUCUUGAUGCUGAUGAAUGUGAAGUGACGAAUGGAAGUAUGUACUACAAGAGCGUGUGUUAUAACAGUACUGAAGUUGAAGCAAAAAAUAUUUCUUUACUAGCUCAAGCAGUUACCAAACACGCCCCUGCUCAAGAUUAUUUUUAUCAAGGUGUAUUACAUGUGUCAGAUGGUAUAGAUCAUAUGGGAUUACCACAAUGGCCUAUUCUGCUUUGUUUAGCUGCAGCAUGGACUAUGACAUUUCUCGCCCUUUCUAAAGGAGUAAAAUCUUCUGGAAAGGUUGUUUAUUUCACAGCUCUGUUCCCCUACGUGGUAUUAUUUAUUCUCUUUUUCCGUGGAAUUACUCUUCCGGGUGCCAAACAGGGAAUUUUGUAUUAUAUCACACCAAGAUUUGAAAAGCUUGGAAAUGCUAAGGUGUGGUCAGAUGCUGCUGCUCAGAUUUUCUUUGCUUUAAGUCCAGCAUGGGGAGGCCUGAUUACUCUCUCUAGUUAUAACAAGUUUCAUAAUAACUGUCUCAAAGAUACUUUGAUUGUGGCGUUUGGUAAUAUAGGUACCAGUCUAUUUGCCGGUUUUGUUAUAUUUGCCAUUAUUGGAUAUCUUGCUCAAGAACUCAAUAUGAACAUUGAAGAGGUCGUAGACCAAGGUGCUGGUCUAGCAUUUAUAGUGUACCCUGAUGUUGUUACACGUCUACCAUUAUCACCACUGUGGGCGAUAUUGUUCUUCGUCAUGAUGAUAACAUUGGGAAUGGGCAGUGAGUUUGCAUUAUUAGAGACGUGUAUGACAGCAGUACAGGAUACAAUGCCAUCAUUGAGACAGAAGAAAACAUGGGUUGUACUUGUUGUCUCAAUACUUGGCUUCCUUGGUGGAGUAGCUGUCACCUGUGAGGGAGGUAUGUAUGUGUUACAAUUGAUGGACACAUACGUAUCAAGCUGGUCUGUAUUUGUAAUGGCUGCCACAGAAAGUAUUAUAUUUGGAUGGAUCUAUGGUACAGACAGGUUCCUUCAGGAUGUUGAGCUGAUGAUUGGUUCUAUGAGAAGAUGGAGAUUGUUCUUCAAACUGUUCUGGCAGUUUCUUUCACCAUUUACUCUCAUUGCUGUAUUUAUAUUCAACUUGAUCCAGUAUACCCCAAUCACUUACGGUAAAUACAAGUACCCGGCCUGGGCUGAUGGUCUUGGCUGGAUCCUGGCUCUGUUCCCGUUAAUGUGGAUAUUUGGCUCUAUGAUCUGGAAAAUAACAACUGUCAAGGAGGAUAUGACAUUGUUAGAGAAAGUGAAGUUCCUUCUAAAGCCUAGCCCAGAAUGGGGACCAGCUCAUAAAGUACCUAAGUUUGAUCUUCAGGAUAUCGAGGGCGAGAAAAAUAUAGAAAACCCAAAUUUCAUUAGCAGUAAUGACAGUGUAACUAAGAUAUAAACAGCAUUCAGACAACGUUAGACAAGAAGGGUUGCUACGCUACAGAAAGAAAUGGAUAAAGAAUGGAAAAUAAAGAUAAAGAAUUUUGGUGACUUAGUUGAAGAAUUAAGUAAAAAAGAUAAAAAGUAUAUGAUUCUUGCUAGGAAAGUGUAGCAGUCUUAUUUUGUGAUUUAUAGAUAGUUAAUUUUCUACUUUUUUUUGUGAUGGAAUUGAUUUGAACUUCUAAUUUUAUACAAAUAACUCCUACUUAUGACUCUUAACUUUGUUGGAUAGAAUAAACUAUUGUUUUUGUUAUUUAUUUAUAUAAAGUAUUGAAUGAAAAAAUCCUACUGUUAUAAAGGUUUAAAUGUUCAAAAUUUUCCUGGUAGAUUUUAACAGUUUCAAGUAAAGACUGCUUUAUUUUACAAGUGGAAUCUAUAUUUUUGAUACAGAUGAAUAUAUGGUAUUAUGAACAAAGAAAUAAGAAUUCAAGUUGAUGGGAAAAGAAUUUGAAACAGAAAGAAGUUAACAGGUAUAAUGUAAAAAGUUUUAUGACAGAUUUUUGAAACAAAGAUUAGAAAUGCUAAGCAACCUUUUCAUAUAAUAAGCACCUUAAAGUUGGAAGACAAAACCACCUUAAGGUGUAGUUACCAGAGCUGUUUGCUGUAUCUGCACAAGCUGGUCAUUUACACCCCAAGUAUACAAGACCAUCACUAAAAUGACCAGAGGGUUAGCGGGCCAAGUAACGGGCUCAUUUAGGGGUGCUUUAACAAAGAAGUUAUAUAAUUUAUGAAUAAAGAAUUUACAUAUGUAGGCAAGUUUAGUUUAGAUUAGAAAGAAAUGAAAUUUAGAAAAGAAAAAUUUUAUUAAUAAGGAUUUCGAGAGGCAUUACUUCAGUCUAUUACAUCUUUAUGCAGAAGAUACACCUUUAGUACCAAUUGAAUUACAUUGAUAUAAUUUUGAUUGCAUUUAACACAUCUUUUGAUGUAAAAAAAAAAAAACAAAUGACAAAAAAGCCAGAUAAAUUCUCAUAAACGCAUUUGUCAAAGAUUUUCAUUGUAUGGUCGAAUCAUUUGAGGCAAUAUUAAAGAUGCAAAUAAACUCAUUAAAGAUUUUUUAACUUGUUUUAUUGAUAAUUGUUCUCUCGGUAAAUUUUUAUGUCCCCCUUAGAAGAAGGAGGGGUAUAUUGUUUUGCAGAUGUCGGUCGGUCAGUACGUAGACCAAUCCGUUUCUGGAUGAUAACUCAAGAACACUUGGGCCUAGGAUAGGGAGGUUGGUCAUCACCAGCAGAUGACUCCUAUUCAUUUUGAGAUCAUUAUGUCAAAGGUCAAGGUCACAGUGACCCAGAACAGUUAAACGUUUUCCAGAUGAUAACUCAAGAAAGCUUGGGCCUAUGGUCAUGAAAGUUGAUAGGGAGGUUGGUCAUGACCAGCAGAUGACCCCUAUUGAUUUUGAGGUCAGUGGGUCAAAGAUCAAGGUCACAGAGACCUGGAACAGUUAAACGGUUUCCGGAUGAUAACUCAAGAAUGCUUGGGCCUAGGAUUGUAAAAAUUGAUAGGAAGGUUGGUCAUCACCAGCAGAUGACCCCUAUUGAUUUUGAGGUCAGUAGGUCAAAGGUCAAGGUUACAGUGACCCGGAAAAGUUAAAUGGUUUCCAGACGAUAACUCAAGAAUGCUUGGGCCUAGGAUCAGGAAAAUUGAUAGGGAGGAUGGACAUGACCAGCAGAUGACCCCUAUUGAUUUUGAGGUCAGUAGGCCAAAGGUCAAGGUUACAGUGACCCGGAACAGUUAAACUGUUUCCAGACGAUUACUUGAGAACGCUUGGGCCUAGGAUCACAAAACUUGAUAGGGAGAUUGGACAUGACCAGUAGGUGACCCCUAUAGAUUUUGAGGUCAGUAGGCCAAAGGUCAAAGUCAUAUUGACCCGGAACAGUUAAACCCUUUCUGGACGAUAACUUCAGAACGCUUGGGUGUAGGAUCACGAAACUUUAUAGGGAGGUUGAUCAUGACCAGCAGAUGACCCCUGUUGAUUUUGAGGUCAGUAGGUCAAAGGUCAAGGUCACAUUGAACCAGAACAGUAGAACUUUUGUUUACAGUGAGCAAAUAAUUUCUGUUCCUUGUGCAAUUACUGAAUGCAUCAAGGGGGGCAUUUCGUGUUCUACGAGCUCUUGUUUUUAGAAGUUUUGUUUCUUUCUGGCUUUGUUUGAUUCAAGAUCUUGUUCUACUGUUACUUCCUGCAGACAAAUUUGGUUUGUGAAAGUAUGGUAGUAGGACAUUUGUCCACCCAGUGAAAAGAAACUACUGGGGGGCAAGUGUCCAGCAGUCCACUUUUUCAUUGGGGCUGGGGUGGCAAAUGUCCUGAGGGGCAAAUUUUGUGCAAGCUAAAAUCUUGUAAUAGUCUGUGUGGUAUCUGCUGGAAAUUACAGUAAUACACAUUAUUUUAAAUGAUUCUUUUUCAAGACAUUGUGCUAAGACUAAAUGCUUGUCUUUUUUUUUGCUCAGGGUUCAUGUAUACUUGAUGUGUAUUUAAUUUAAGAAUAAACGUUCUGAGCAGAGUACAUGUUUAUGUAUGGAAGCUUAAAAUAUACUGUAGAGAAAGAAUGUAUUUGCAACCAGUGUGAAGUCCUAAUUUUCUCAUCCCACAAAUCAUUGCAUUUUCAACAUUAUCUGUUGCAUAAGUUUUGAGGGCAUAUAGCAAACACGGGCUAUCUGCCUUUUUAUAAAUGAUGAUAAGGCCUUUUUGUAUAAAGCCAUUGCUGAGUGUUGUUGUCUGAUUUCAUUGCAUAUAAGCAGAUAGCACUUUGAAGCUGUCACUUGUUUUAUACUUGCAGAAAAGCUUUUUAGAUAAUUUGCAUAAUAUUUUCUAAACAAGCUAAUUGAAAAUUGUCCUGCAUUUCUAUUUGUUUUCUGGUGCUGACAUAGUUUAUCGUAAAUAUUUUUUUUAAAAUUCAUGUUUUUAAUGUACUGACUUAAAGGGACAGAUGGCUGCUAAAACCCGCAAUUACAUUGAAAAUUUAAAAAAAAUGUGCCAAUGCAGAAUUAUUUUGAAUAGUGCUCUCUUAAAACAAAAGUGCUAGAAUGAAAAAUAUUUAGUAGUGAGGUCAUAUAAAUAGUGCUGUUUUCUUUUCUUUCUGUUUUUUGGUAUUGAUUUCUGUAUUUUUAUUUUUUGUGCUGUUUUUAUGCUGAGUAGUGCUUGUUUUAGAUUUUUUGUUGUAAAUUCAAAUAACUAUUUAAUUAUCAUUUGAAUUAUGAAAGUACAAGAAAAUGACUAACACAUCGAGGAUGAACUUACUGCCUUUCUGGUAGCCACUGUAUAAAAUAUUCUUUUUAUGGCUGCGGAGUAUAAGGUAGAUGUGGCAGUUUAGUGGAAAGGGAGAAAAUACAGAGGCUAAUUAAGGCCAGGUUAGAUAACUUUUUCCAUUAAAUAUUGACACUGUUUCAUUUGAACAGCCGGUUACUUUAAGCCUUAAGACAGCAAGAUCAUAAUCAUGAACUCUUCGUCCAGUGAAUUUAUACAGUUAUGUGCCAAAUUAAACUUGUUAUGUGAACGUAAAUUUGGCACAUAACUGUACAAUUCAUAAAUUUGAUAGAAUAUUUGUCGUUUUUCUGUGACAUGCCUAUAUACUGUUAUGUAUAUUGCUUCUGUUUUAGUAUCAUUCUCAGCUUCUUAGAAUCUCAGUGUGGUGUUAUAUACUUGACAUAUACUUUGCUUACAUCUGCCUAGAUAUACAUAUAUAUAUGUAUUACAUUUACUCUUGUUGUUGUUGUUGUUUACAACUUGUUUUUGGUUUUGUUUUUUGUUAGCUCUACACGAUUAUAAACAUUUUUCAACACAUCACUGUUAAGUUUAUUUACAUAUACAAACAUACAUCAAUACAUACAUUGAUACAUACAUACAUAUGAGAAGGCCUCAGUUUUUUAUGGAAAUGUUUAUAGUGGAGUCUAGUAUGUCCAUGUCAAAGGCAAAUUUGUGAACAUUUAUGUCUACAUAUUGAAUAAUGAAGAUAUUUUAUCCCAUUAAGACAUUUAUAAUUUAUAUUUCCAUAUAAACUGUUUAAACGAUGGUUUUAGCCCUCCUGCUUACCUUAAUAGAGAGAGCACAGACCUGCUGAUUGCAGGGUUCUGAGUUUGAUCCCAGGGUGAGGCUUAAUCGAAGCAUGUGUACUAUGAAAAGAUUUUUUGAAUUGGUUUGUGCUUUAAAUAGAAUAUAUACAUCAGAAUUUGUUAAGCCAUCUAUACAGUCAAGGAAAUUUGAAAAAAGAAUAAAAGCAUUUCAAGAUUUAUGAAGACAAGUAUUAAUAUUCUUAUCUUACAGAAUUAACAUCUUACAGAAUCUCUGUAGGGUUCAUUUAAGCUUUACAGGUUUCUCUUUAAUGUCAUUUUCAAAAUGAUCUGGUUGGUUGAUUUGGGUUCAACGCCAUUUUUCAACAGUAUUUCAGUUAUGUAACGGCAGGCAGUUAACCUAACCAGUGUUUCUGGAUUUUGUACCAGUACAAACAUGUUCUAUGCAAGUAACUGCCAACUUUCCCACAUGAAUCAGAGGUGGAGGACAAAUGAUUUCAGACACAAUGUCUUUUAUCAAAUCGUCGAAGAGAACAUACGCCUCGCCCAGGGCUUGAACUAGCGAUCCGUAGAUCUGCGCUCUCCCUAUUAAGCGAAGUGGGCGGGCUCAUAUUUUUUUUAUUUUUUUUUUUCAAAAUGAAUAAAUAAUUCACUUAAGGUUCAUGUUAGAUAUUAUGUUACACUCCGAAGAAUUUUCAAUUUGGAAUUACAGAGUUUCAUUUGUCUAUUGGUCACAUCACUAAAGAAUCAAGGAAGCAUCUGGAAAAAAAACUGCCAAAAUUCCAUUGGGGACUAAGUAACAAAAUUCCUUAAUACUAUACUUUUUGUUGAAUCUCAUAUAACAUGUAAUGUUGGUGUGAACAGAAACCUUAUCAGAUGAAUCUCAUUCUCAGUAAUAUUUUUAUGUUUAAAUAUUUAAUCUACUCACAGUGAGGGUAACAUCACUGAAUACAAAAUGUAUAUUUCUGCAAAAUGUAUGUAUGCUUGUAAAUAUAUCUCCAGUAAUGUAGAUCUUUUUAUCUGUUUUCUAGGAUAUAUAACAUAAUAUUUGCAGCACUGGAUAAAUGUUGUCAAUGUUACUGAAAGAAAACAUAACUGUUAUGAUAUAAUGAUAUGCUGUGAAACAAAAGUGGAGUAUUUUUUCACCUAGAUAGGAAAUACAUGGGCUGUUUAAUGUGCAGACUCCAUUGUACUUCUUACUCCGAUGAAAACUACAAAACUUUGUUUCAUUCAUUAAAUACUAACAAGUAAGAUGUUGAAUUAUUAAUUGAAAGCUUGGAAGCAUGUUUUUAUUGUAUUGUAUUUCCUAUAUGUUGCAACAAUUUUAUACACAACAUAUACCUUUCCUGAAAAUAGCCCUUUUCUUGCAUAAAUUCUAGAUCUUUGAAAUGAACAUGUGUAUUAAAAAAUGAUACGAGUUUAAGAUUGUAUCUUAAGUAUAUAGUGUCUUAUGACCGCAUACGGUCUGUUUAUUUUGAAUGAUCUCCUUAUUUAGUUCUCUUAAGCCCUCCUUGGGUAGCUAUUCUGUACUGACUUGGUUGGCGGGUGUUUUUACUUACAACUAUAUUUUAAAGCUUGUUUAUAUUUUGUUGUUUUAUCAUAUGAUGACAAUAUUUACAUGUAAUUCUGUUUGUUUUAUGGUCUUAAAGAGAAUUUAUCAUUUAACUUGGGUAAGGUAUAUUUUAAAACAUGAUAUUUUAAUUAUUAUUUUAGAACAAACUUAUUAUUUUACCUUUUUGAAAUGUUAAAUGAAAGUAUGUUGUAUUUCACCUUAUUGCAUGUCAUUUAAACUUUAGAAUUUAAAUUUAUUUUUUAUCAUUUUUUAAACCUUGAAUUAUGUACUAGUUUGAAACUGCUGUUAAUGCAUUUACAUUUCAUUUGUGACCCAUUUCACCAGAAUAUUUUAUUCAGUUUGUAUGACAGGAAUUGCACAAUUUACUUACCUAGUUUAUUUGAUAGGCAGCUAUAAGUGAUGUAUGAUGCAUUUUUGUUUGAUUAUUAACACAUCAAAGUAACCUUUUCACAUUUUCCCUUGUUAUAUAUAUUCAGUAUUUAGUUGAGUAUCAGUAAAACCCUGAAUUCUCAACACUGCACUGGCAUUUUCAUGAAUGCCUGUAAGAAGGUUAGUAAAGAAUGAACUUACUACUGCCAUGUAUUUCCAUAUCAAAGAAUUCAGAUAUCUUGCACAUCCACAUAUAAAUCUCACAAAAUGUGUAUUAAGUUGUGUUGGUUUUAUGUCAUAGGAUACAUUUAUUAGCAUCAAAAAUCAUGUGACAUAACCCAGCUGUUGAUAAACAUUUUUCAUACAAGUUGAAUUAAGAAAUGGUAAAAUUUUCAUGUGAAAUAACUGCAUUUCUAGUGUUCAUAUGAAAAUUAUCAACCUUCCUUUUAAAUCUUCAGUGUCACACUUUCCUGACUUUCUCUUAUUUUUGAGAAUAUGUAUGAUGUAAAUAGGAUUUGUAAUACUUUAUGUACAAUAUUUGCACUCAAAAGAACUGCAAUGUCAUCUGAAUAAAUAAUAAUAAUAUUCAAGAUAAAUUUGUUUAAACUUACUAUUACAGCACUUGAAGCCCACAGGCAGCAGUAAAGUGCCACAGACUAUGAAACAACAACUUUAAUAUAAAGAAAGAGAUUCCUGCCAACAAAUAGAUCUGUCUCUUCUUAAGCAAGAAAAUUUUAAGUUCAUUGCAGUUCUUUUGCAUUUGGUGAUGGGGUUUUUGUUUUGCUGUUUCCUUUUAUUCUAGACUUUCAUAGAUUUUGGGUGAGAGACAGUGUGACCUGUAUGCUUUAUUUUUGUUUUACUGCAGAUUAGGCUUUUCCUAUCUCCUCUCCAUCAGGUUAUACUUCAUUCUAUUCAUUUCAAAUUGUAUUUAAAUAUUACUGAGUAGUGAAUACCUACAUAGUGUGAUAUAUAUAUAUAUAUAUAUAUAUAUAAGUUGGAAGACAUAGUACAGGCCUGUGAUUUCUCAGGGCUGGUCCUGAUUUCAGGCUUCUAGGUGAGAGAAUUUCCCUAUAAAGUAUAAUUCAAUUGAAAAAAAAGAACAUUUCAGGUUUCAGAAUGUCACUGAAACCUGAAAUUUUGAAGCUUUUUUGAUUUUUGACUGAAUCCUGGGCCUGAUAAUAAAAGAAAUUUCCUUGAGAUUUACUCCUUAUCAUUUACAUGCAAACCAUGGGAUGUGUUGUACAGACAAAAUUUUAUAUUAAAAAUCAUUGAUUUCACCAGGGCAUUCUAAUCAUACAGAUUUCACAUCACAAAUAAAAAGUUGGCAUUAAAUACAACUAAAUAAAGUUAGUUUUUGUAGUAUUUUAAGUUGACAUAAUAAGAAAAAUAGUAACAUUUUUAAAAUGGAAUGAAAUAUUACCAUAUACUUUGUAACAUAGUUUUUGUAGUAUUGAAUAUAUUUUUGUACCCCCCGACAACAAAGUUGUAAGGGGGGGUAUACUGGUUUCAGGUUGUCUGUCUGUCUGUCCGUCUGGCCGUCUGUCCGUAGACGCAAUCUUGUGCGCACCAUCUCUCCUUAUCCCCUUGACAGAAUUUAAUGAAACUUCACACAAGUGAUCAGUACCAACAGUAGUUGUGCAUGGGGCAUGUUAGGUUCUUUUAGAAAAAAAAUUUGCAGAGUUAUGGGACUUUGUUUUUUUGUUACUAUACUAUAUACAUAGACACAAUCUUGUGCGCACCAUCUCUCCUCAUCCCCUUGACACAAUUUAAUGAAACUUCACACAAGUGAUCAGUACCAACAGUAGUUGUGCAUGGGGCAUGUUAGGUUCUUUUAGAAAAAAAUUUGCAGAGUUAUGGGACUUUGUUUUUUGUUACUAUACUAUAUACAUAGACACAAUCUUGUGCGCACCAUCUCUCCUCAUCCCCUUGACACAAUUUAAUGAAACUUCACACAAGUGAUCAGUAACAACAGUAGUUGUGCAUGGGGCAUGUUAGGUUCUUUCAGAAAAAAAAUUUGCAGAGUUAUGGGACUUUGUUUUUUUGUUACUAUACUAUAUACAUAGACACAAUCUUGUGCGCACCAUCUCUCCUCAUCCCCUUGACACAAUUUAAUGAAACUUCACACAAGUGAUCAGUAACAACAGUAGUUGUGCAUGGGGCAUGUUAGGUUCUUUCAGCGACAAAAAUUGCAGAGUUAUGGGACUUUGUUUCUUGUUAACAUACUAUGUACAUACAGUCUGCAUAUGCAAUCUUGUGCGUGCCUAAUCUACCAAACCCUUACACACAAUUUAAUGAAACUUCACACAAGUGAUCAGUACCAACCCUAGUUGUGCAUGGUGCAUGUUACAUUCUUUUAGAUAAAUAUUCUGCAUAGUUAUGGGACUUUGUUUUUUGUUACUAUACUGUAUACAUACAGUCUAUAUACAUACAGUCCACAUAAUUAUGCAAUCUUGUGUGCGUUAAAUUGCAAUGUACUGUGUCAGUGCAUGCGGGGGGUACAUUCAUCACCUUUAGUGAUAGCUCUAGUUUCUCCUAAAUUCUCUGUGUAGACAAUCUGUUUGUAUGUUCUGUCGUAUUCAGUUUGAAUGGAUAACUUUUAGUAUCAUUAAAACUUAUCAGUUAAGGGAACUAUUUUCAGCUGAACAUGAUUUUACAUUAAUUUUUGUGUUACUCCAAAAAUAGAUAUCGGUACACUUGUUUAUUAUGCGAUGUCUUUCCAUAAAGUCACUAGACUUUACAUUAGGUCGAAUGCAUAAGCCCGUGGAAUUUUGGUUUGUUAGCACACAACUUGGAAUAAUAUCACAAAAGUAGUUCACUGGUUUGUUCACAAAGUAGUUCCUCUUAAUUGGUUCAUUUUUCCCUAGUGAAAAAAAAAAUGUAAAUGAAAAAAAAAUCAAGUAUUGGUACCAUAACUGAAUUGUAGAUUGACUGAGGGAUCUUAAUCUUCGUCAUGUGCUGGAUUUGAUUGACAGUUAAGUACGGUAUGUGCUUUAAUUCUAAACUAGUCAGUGUAAGGCUGUACGAAGGAAAUGUAGGACAAAGUCCCUCACGGUUAAACUUUUUCCCCUUCCAAAACAAAAACUAUUGACUCCCAGCUUUUAAAUUUGAUAUUUUGGAAAUGAGGAUAUGGUUUGUUUGGACAAUAAGGCAGGUGAUUUUGUUUGGGGUAGGGGAAUUUGUCCAUAAUCCUUUGGAAGUACAUUUGGGGUUUUCUGGAUGGGAUAUAGGGUAGUAAAUUAAUUGAAUGAUAACAAUACUAAUAGACCCACAAAAAUAGGUGCUAUAUGUGAAGUCAAAAUUAUGAAAACCAUUUGGAUGUAUACUUUUCAGCCACUGAAAAAAUGUAUCUAGUCAUAAUUGGUUAAAUAAUUACUGUAUGGAAGAUGUAGUGCUUGUAAUUUUAUACUUCAUUCAGGUAUGAUAUUUUACCUGUUUCUAAGGCAACAUUUAGCUGAUCAAUAGUUCUACAAUUUAAAGUUAACCAUUCAAAGAAAUUUGUCUGUUCAGAAGGGCUUGUAAUUAAUCAGACCAUGUUUGGUCAAAAAUGUUGUAGGGCAAACAAAGCAUUUUUCUUUUGCAAAUGUCUGUAGUCCAAUUUGACAGCUUAAUAGUGCCUUGAUAAGUUAUGUAACUUACUGUAUGUAAAGCUAACAAGCUGUAUGUUGUAACUGCUAUAGAUGUUGGUGUGUACCUCAGUGCGAUUUACAGGAAAGUUUAUAUUGUUUAUUGUAGCACUUUGAGUAAUAUUUAUAUUGGGCUUAUUAUGAGAGAUGGUCCUAUCUACACAGGAGAUUUUUGUAUGUAGAUUUCAUCUGUCAACAGGGCUGUAAACAUAAGUGUUUAUUGAACAAUCUUGGUGUAAGAACAGAGUGUUUAUUGAACAAGCUGAUUUUUGUUGAACAAAUGUGAUGCAUAUUGAAAGAAUAUGGUGUUUAUUGCAAGAACACAAUGUUUGUGGAAGGAACAGGGUGUGUAUUGAAUUAUGUUUUGAAGUAGUUUAUGAAAAAUGCAUUAGCUUAUUAAUAGAACAUAUUGAAGAAACAUGAUGUAUAUUGAAAGAACAUAGUAUACAAUUGAUAAGCAUGCUGUCUGUUCGAUAGCCAUGAUAGUAUCAUUAAAAGAUCAAUUGUUUGUUGAAAAAAGUACAACAUGAUGUCUUUUGGAAAUUAAAAAAAAACAACAUUUUGUUUACUGAACAAACAUUCUGUGUUAUUGAAAGAACACGAUAUUCAUUAAACCAGUAUGUUAUGUUCAUUUUGAAAAGAAUAUAAUUCUUAAACAAACAUGAUGCUGAAUGUACAAAUCAAAAUGUUUAAUAAUAAACAACAUGUAGUUAACUGGACAAAUAUUGAUUUGGAAAAGUUAGAGAAUUAUGAGCUGAAGAGCUAUAUCGAUAUAGUAAGGAACAUGAGCAACUAGAACACAUUUUUAAAGUUCUUUGGAUUUCUCAGGACAAAAUACAGCAUUAAUACCAUUGUUCAUUAGAUUUUUGAUUUCAUAAGUUUUUUUUGUUCAUAAAACGUUACGUUUACAGCUCUGUAGCUUUACAAAUUUAAUUGCUGACUUUUGUUUACUGACUAAUGAAGAGUUGGGGGUUGAGAUUUAACCUCACUGUCAUCAUCCAAACAUUUCAAUAAACACUGUAAAUAUG